CAUUACAAUACCCUCGGGACUGGAAAGGGGUUUACCUCUUUAACUAUUCACUAAAAUCUGUUGAAAAUGCUGGGUAAGUUUUGAUUUAAAAUCAUAAAAAGAAAGAACCAAGUUAGCUUUGCAAAAAACAUUAGUUUCAUCAAGCAGCGCAUAGUUUAUAUUUGAGUUUGAAUUUCAUAAACAAUCGAAAAAUGUUUUCUUUGAGUCGCUGGAACAGGCCACGUUGGAUCCUGUCGCUGAUGCCAUAUUUCGUGAUGUCGAAUUACUUCAUGGAUCUCCUCUACUCGUUUGUUCAUUUUUUCCAUUUGUCCAAAGAACGAGCUGUGAUAAUGGACGUGACCGGUGUGUUUGGUCACAUCUACACCAUGUUCGACAUGAGCCUCAUCCUGGUGUCCCUUGUACUCACCCUCGGCACCCGGAUCGAGGAGAGUGGCGUUACUCUGAUACUCAUUGGCAGAGUGAUCCAUCGCCUGCUCCUGUCCAUUUGGAGCAUGUUCAUGUAUUACCUCGUUGGUGAGUGCCAGGACAUGGGCUGUCUCCUCUUGCUGCUGGCCACCAAGGCCAAGAUGCGGGCCCAGAUGGGAUGCCCCAAAAUGGAGGUUAGUAGCUUUCAUAUCCUGUUGCUGGUGGCUAGGAUUUUCCUUUGUUGCAUGUUUCUAAUUUGGCUGGAUGAGGAUGUAAAUGAGUUCUUUAAUUUCAUUUCGGUGCUUUUGUGUAUUUUAAUUGCCAUGGGUUUAUACUGCAAAGUUGUUUCUUACCUGACCAUUGUGGCCUUGAUGUAUCACGAUAUCUUUAGCAAUCACUGGAGCUUGUUGUGGGGCUGGCAUGAUUAUUUUCUUUCCCUAAAUUACUUUGCCGUGUUCUUUGGCAAAAUCGGAGCAUUCGUGAUGCUUUCUGAGCUGGGUGGUGGCAAGUGGUCCAUGGAUGGUUAUCUGGGACUUAAUGAUUACAAUUGGAAUCAAAAGGGAAGCAACAAGAUCAUUAAAGAGCAGGCAACGGCUUAGUAAAAGUUGUUCAACUUGAAGAUAAUAAUAAAUAGAACAAGAAGAUAAUAAUAAAUAGAACAA